ACUGCUCGCGCACUGCGGCCGCGAGACUGGAAACCAGCACGAACGAGAGAGAGACACCUGAGGCGCUGAAGAGUCCACUUACACCGAACUAAAGCUCAGAAGCCGAAGAUCACAAUUUACCCAUCGAAAAGGAGAAUAUAACGCUUGAAGGGUUGAAAAUGAUGAAUCAGAUCGACCUUUCGGAUCCAUAUGAUAAUGGAUAUGAACCGGACGAUUACAUGAUGCCGGAGGAAGAAUGGGAUCGGGAUUUACUGCUGGAUCCAGCAUGGGAAAAACAGCAACGGAAGACGUUCACAGCCUGGUGCAACUCUCACCUGAGGAAAGCUGGGACACAGAUUGAGAACAUAGAGGAAGACUUCAGGAAUGGCCUCAAACUAAUGCUGCUGCUUGAAGUCAUCUCAGGUGAGAGGUUACCCAAGCCUGACAGAGGAAAGAUGCGUUUUCACAAGAUAGCUAAUGUCAACAAAGCCCUUGAAUUUAUCACCAGUAAAGGAGUGAAACUGGUCUCCAUUGGGGCUGAAGAAAUUGUAGAUGGGAAUGUGAAAAUGACUCUUGGAAUGAUCUGGACCAUCAUCCUUCGCUUCGCCAUUCAGGAUAUCUCUGUUGAAGAAACUUCGGCCAAAGAAGGACUUCUGCUGUGGUGUCAGAGGAAGACUGCUCCUUACAGGAAUGUCAAUGUUCAAAACUUUCAUGUCAGCUGGAAGGAUGGAUUGGCGCUGUGCGCUCUCAUCCACAGGCACAGGCCUGACCUCAUUGACUACGCCAAACUCAACAAGGAUGAUCCACUGGGUAAUCUGAAUUUGGCAUUUGACAUUGCUGAAAAACAUCUGGACAUCCCCAAAAUGCUGGAUGCCGAGGACAUCCUGAGCACCCCUAAGCCUGAUGAGAGAGCUAUUAUGACAUAUGUGUCCUGUUUCUACCAUGCCUUUGCUGGAGCUGAACAGGCUGAAACCGCUGCUAACAGGAUCUGUAAGGUGCUGGGAGUGAAUCAGGAAAAUGAGAAGCUGAUGGAGGACUAUGAAAAACUGGCUAGUGAGCUGUUGGAGUGGAUCAGACGUACCAUUCCUUGGCUUGAGAAUCGUGUGCCGGAGAAGACCAUGUCAGAGAUGCAGCGGAAGCUGGAGGAUUUCCGAGAUUACCGCAGGAAGCACAAACCUCCCAAAGUGCAGGAGAAGUGUCAACUGGAAAUCAGCUUCAACACCCUUCAGACUAAACUCCGCAUUAGCAACCGGCCUGCAUUCAUGCCCUCUGAGGGCAAGAUGGUUUCGGACAUAGCAAGUGCGUGGCAGGGGCUGGAACAGGCAGAGAAGGGCUAUGAGGAAUGGCUGCUGACGGAGAUCAGGAGACUGGAACGACUAGAUCAUUUAGCAGAGAAAUUCAGGCAGAAAGCUACCAACCAUGAGUCCUGGGCUGCAGGUAAGGAGGAGAUGUUGACCAGGAAGGACUACGAGUCAGCAUCUUUAAUGGAAGUCCGAGCUUUGUUGAGGAAACACGAGGCAUUUGAGAGUGACCUUUCCGCUCACCAGGACAGAGUUGAGCAGAUUGCUGCUAUUGCUCAGGAGCUCAAUGAGCUGGACUAUCAUGAUGUUGCUUCGGUGAAUCAAAGGUGUCAAAGUAUUUGUGACCUCUGGGACCAACUGGGUACACUCACUCAGAAACGCAGAGAGUCUUUGGAGAGGACAGAGAAACUUUUGGAGACUGUGGAGCAGUUGUUUCUGGAAUACGCAAAGAGAUCUUCACCUUUUAAUAACUGGAUGGAGGGAGCCAUGGAAGACUUACAGGAUAUGUUCAUAGUGCACACCAUUGAAGAGGUCCAGACUCUGAUAGCUGCUCACGAGCAGUUUAAGGCCACACUUCCUGAGGCCGAUGCAGAAAGGCAGGCGAUCCUUGGCAUACAGCAGGAAGUCCUGAAGAUCUCCCAGAAUUACGGCAUUCGUGGAGACCUCACUAACCCCUACAGCACCAUAACUACAGAGGAGAUUGCCAUCAAGUGGGACAAGGUGAAGAAGCUGGUUCCCCAGCGUGGCAGUGCACUGCAGGAGGAGUUAGCGCAACAGCAUGCUAAUGAAAGGCUCAGACGCCAGUUUGCUGCCCAAGCCAACCUCAUCGGACCCUGGAUACAGGCCAGGAUGGAGGAAAUUGGUCGUUGUUCAAUGGCGAUGGGCGGGACUUUGGAGGAUCAGAUGACCCAGCUGAAGCAAUGCGAGCAUGUGAUAGUCAGCUAUAAACCCAACAUAGAUAGACUGGAGGGAGAUCACCAACUCAUCCAGGAGUCACUUAUCUUUGACAACAAACAUACUAACUACACUAUGGAGCAUAUUCGUGUUGGCUGGGAGCUCCUUUUGACUACAGUCGCUCGCACUAUUAAUGAAAUUGAGACUCAAAUUCUGACACGUGAUGCAAAGGGCAUCAGCCAGGAGCAGAUGAAUGAAUUCCGAUCCUCUUUCAACCACUUUGAUCGGAAGAAGAAUGGGGCCAUGGAUUCUGAUGACUUUAGGGCCUGUCUGAUCUCGAUGGGUUAUGAUCUGGGUGAGGUGGAGUUUGCUCGGAUCAUGAUGCUGGUUGAUCCAAAUACUUCAGGCGUUGUGUCAUUCCAGUCUUUCAUUGACUUCAUGACAAGAGAGACAGCGGACACAGACACAGCUGAACAGGUCAUUGCUUCCUUCAGGAUCCUCGCUGCCGACAAGCCAUAUAUUCUGGCAGAUGAGUUGAGGCGAGAGCUUCCUCCAGACCAGGCAGAGUACUGCAUCAGCAGGAUGCCCCCAUACUCCGGCCCGGGGGCCCUGCCUGGAGCCCUGGACUACACUGCCUUCUCCACUGCCCUCUAUGGAGAGAGUGACCUUUAACUCUCUCAACAGCUCUGACCUUUUCGACCACAUCUCUCUCAUUAACCAAGAAAAUUCUUUACCCAUUAAUAGAUCAACAACCUCAAGAAAUAAAAAACAUGGCAAAUAAACAAAAUGAGCACAAUUUCAGUUUUUAAUCUCAUUUGAUGUAUUUUGAUAAUUGAUUGAUAAUUUUUUUUUGAAGUCAAUACACAUGGAAUGCAGUCUGGAAGUGAAAAGAAUGCAAUGAAGGAAGCAAAAAAAUAUAUAUAAAAGUGGUAAUUUAUCUAUCACAAUCCAAAAACUUUUCUCAUAAAUUGUCGGAUCCAAGGCAUGGGAAACAUUGGGGACAUUUUUUACUGUCCUUCAUGUAGGCUAUUAUGAUACAGAACAAAAUUUACAAAGAUUUUGUCACUUGAAUUACAAAAAAAAUCUGUAGUUACACUAAAUUAAGAAUUAAGUAUGUUUAAGUAGUUUUAGGUUUUUUGCAUUUUCCAGAACGAAAUCUAUUUUGUGUGGUAGUGUUAAACCUACAUUAUGUAAGAUUUGCACAUUUGAAAUAUGCCCAAAUUGAGAAACAUUCACAUAACCACUAUGCUUUUCUUGUUUUUUCUGUAGUGUACUAUAGUGUAGCCACAUGAAUAGUAGCUCUAUUCUCAACAACCUAAUGCCUAAAAACAUAACUGUGCCUGAUUUCAUAUACAGUAACAGUUUAUAUAAAUUAGAAAGAGGUGAUCCUUGACCUUCUCAGUAGAGGGUCUGCUAGAUAAGAGCACAAGCGAGUGAUUUGAUGUUUUAAAUAUUGGGAAUGCUUGAACAAUUUCUUCAAUUUGGGGAUUAUAUUAAGUGAUAACGUAUGUACGUCUACAGGGCUUGUUAAAUAAAGAGAGCAAAAAAGAGAAAUUAUGAUAAAAAUACUAAAUUUACAGUUGUGGGUUAAAGUAUGUGAACCCUUUGGAACAAUAUACAAACACAGCCUGCUUAACACACAAACAAUUGUUUUCUUGUCUGUAUUGAACAGCAUGUAAACCUUUCACAGUGAAGAGUGGAAAAGUAUGUGAAUCCCAGAGUAUCAGUCAAGCUUAUAUGAAUACAGCUAAUUUCUAUAGGUCACUCUUAAUUCAUUGUACAAUGACAGUGCAGUUGGUUGAUUUUUGGUCAAUUUGUUAACCUAUCAAAUCAGUUUUAAUGUGAAAGAAGUGAUUUGUGAAUGUCUGCUGCUGAAUUCUAUGAACAAGAAAGCCAAAUGUGUGUUUUACAGUAACAUAAAUGAAAUAAACCUUACUUAUGAAAAGCCCAAA